UCUUUACCUCUUUCUGUCGGUAUUGGAUUCUUAAGCACAAAUGGCUUUCUCUUCACAUUCUAAGAUCUCCUUUCUGGCCUUAUUUUCUGUGUCUCUCUUUGCAUGUUGUGCUCUGGCUCAUGAUUUUUCGAUUGUGGGUUAUUCACCGGAACACUUGACUUGCAUGGAUAAAAUCAUAGAGCUGUUUGAAUCAUGGGUGUCAAAACAUGGCAAAACUUACAGGAGCAUUGAAGAGAAGUUGCAUAGGUUUGAGAUAUUCAAAGACAACUUGAAACACAUUGAUGAGAGGAACAAAGAGAUUAGUAGCUACUGGCUUGGGUUGAAUGAGUUUGCAGACUUAAGCCAUGAGGAGUUUAAGAAAAAGUAUCUAGGAUUGAAACCUGCUUCGCCCGAAACAAGAGGGUCCUCCAGAGACUUCAGUUAUAGAGAUGUGGUGGAUCUGCCCAAGUCUGUGGAUUGGAGAAACAAAGGAGCUGUUACUCCAGUCAAGAACCAAGGUUCAUGUGGUAGUUGUUGGGCAUUUUCAACUGUAGCAGCUGUCGAGGGCAUCAACCAGAUAGUUACUGGAAAUUUAACUUCAUUGUCCGAGCAACAGCUAAUUGAUUGUGAUAGAAUUUUCAAUAAUGGCUGCAAUGGGGGUUUGAUGGAUUAUGCAUUCCAAUUCAUUGUCUCCAAUGGUGGAUUGCAUAAGGAGGAAGACUAUCCAUAUUUAAUGGAUGAAGGAAGCUGUGAAGAGCAGAAGGAAGAAAUGGAGGUAGUGAAAAUUAGUGGUUAUCAAGAUGUGCCACAAAAUGAUGAAGAAAGUCUUUUGAAGGCACUUGCUCAUCAGCCUCUCAGUGUAGCUAUCGAGGCCUCCGGUCGAGAUUUCCAAUUUUAUAGCGGGGGAAUAUUCAAUGGGCAUUGUGGAACUGAGAUAGAUCAUGGAGUAACAGCUGUUGGAUAUGGUUCAUUGAAGGGGUCAGAUUACAUCAUCGUGAAGAAUUCAUGGGGACCUAAGUGGGGGGAGAAAGGGUACAUAAGGAUGAAGAGAAACACUGGAAAACCAGAGGGGCUUUGUGGUAUCAACAAUAUGGCUUCAUAUCCUACUAAAAAGAAUUGAUCUACUAAUUCCCUUCUCGUGUCAACUUUAAUUUCUUCAUUCCAUGUAUGAAGAUUUUUAUUUGUAUGCCCAUAUUUUUCCUCCAAUAAAAUGGCUUUCUCUAGAAACUCUCUAUAAGGAAAAGCAAUUGUCAUCCAACUCUAGAAGACACUUGAAGAGCCUUUGUUGGCAAGCAGAGGGCAGCUCAACUUAGCCAAAUGGAAGAAGGCCCCUAAGAUAGAAUAUAUUAUAUAUUUUAUUUGUUUUAUAAUAUUGCAAAAAAUGUUUCAAAAAAAUAUUGCAAAAUAAUAUUAAUAAUAAAGGUAAAAACACUA